AUGUUGGGACCAUGCUACUUUGUCAAUGUGUACGCUCUCAUUUUUAUUUGGGGUGUUCCAUACUCUGCUCCUACAUUCCUCGUUCUCUUUGGUUUGGCCAACUCAACUGUCUAUAGUGCAAUAAUUCUUUUUCGGAAUUCCUUUGUUUUUCACAACUACGACAAGAUGACUUCCUGUUUUAUUCAUAUUUUACCACCUCUCAUCUCAUACUGUGUUCAAACGCUGAUAUGGGUGGGUCUGAACAUCGUCGUCAACUUUGUUCUGAAUUUGAUAGCCCUUUUGGCUUGGUGCAGCUUCGUAUUCCACUCCUUAAUGAUUGUAGCUAUGGUGGUGGUGAUGUCGUGGUAUGGUGCUUCUUACUAUCUUGACUACUUCGCCUACCUGGCCUUGCGUAAGGCCAUCGAGAAUAAUGAAGUGCCCGCACCAGUAGACUCCAAAAGUCCCACCGAAAUGGAAGACGAGAACGAUGAGUAUGAAGAAGUGGAUGAA